CCCGUUUUUACUUUCUCCUAUUUUGGAUUUUUUCUUUACCUGCUGUUUGGCUGUAAACCUUUUGUUUGUGUUCUGUUAUUCAUCAAGAUCUACUCUGCCUGCUACCUCUGCUUUGGGGUCUGCCAUACUCCACAACCUAACGGUCUCCGACACUUUACUGCUGCUACUUCAUCAUGUUGAAGCCCGUUGCAUUGCUCCUUCUGCUGGCAGGUGUGGUCCACACUGUGCCCCACCCUGUGUGCACUGUGACUGCCUCCACCGUCAUUGAUUUCUUCAACAGAAUCCGGUCGGUCCCGGAUCGCUGUACAUACACACUGAUUGGAGAUGACACUGUUGUACUAGCAGCGAGAUUCCAGGAGCGAAGCCGUACAGAUGUGCCGUUUUUGGACUCCUUGCAAAUAAUUUUAAUAGUUUCAACAUCUGCCUUGGACGUCUAUCGAUACCUAGAAAUCUAUCUUGGACAAGGGGGACUAGUUCAGGUUGAGGGCCGAACACUAAUGCUCAACGCCACGGCUCAACUGAUCAACGGUGUGGCGUUCUCCAAGGACCAGACUGGAGUCACUGUUACUGGUCCUUCGCUCACAAUCUCUUUUGAUGGCAACACUGCAGUAAUCACAGGAGUUGCUACAGCUUCAGAAGGCUUGUGUGGUAACCCCAUCAACGCCAGUCAGACCUUCAAUCUGGCUGCUGAGAAGACUUUCGCCAGUGUGUUUGGCUGCGAGGUCCUGUACAGCAACACCCCCAACAAUACCACCACCUGCAACCUUACAACUGAACGCUGUAAUCUCCUGAUGCAGGCACCCUUCACCGAUUGCCACAGCCAAGUUGACCCAGCUCCCUACAUAACCGCCUGUGCAGAAACUUCGUGCAAAUUCCCGACCGAGGAAGGCCUCGCUCUCAGCUGCCAGUUUUUUGACGCUUACGCCAAGACCUGCGGUGUGGAAACCAACAUCACACUGGGCGACUGGAGGUCACCAACCGUUUGCCCUGUCCCUCAGGUCUCCUGUAUGGAGCUGUACUGCAGUGAUAACGAGUACUGUGACAAGAACGGUGAACCCCAAUGCCUCUGUCGGGCUCUUUUUGCCACCAAGUACACACCAACAAACUCUUUAGGCGACCCGACAGUCUGCAAUGGGAGCUCUGCCACUCUUACUCUGGCUGGAUGUCUGCUCAGCGCCAAAAACAUCGACUACACCACCUUACACCUCCUAGACGAGAGCUGCAAAGGGCACAUGGACAGCGAGACCCACAUGGUGACUUUCAGCUUUGACAGCAGCAACACCUGCGGGACCGAGAUCAUGAGCAACAAAAGAAGCCAAAUAAUCUACCAGAACACCAUUACGACGCAGAACGGGUCCAUGGACAUAAUCACCCACCAAGACAAAGUCAUGAUCGACUUCUCCUGCUUGUACACACUGCCAGACCUCACGAGUGUGUCCUUCAAAAUCAAAGAGAGCUCUGUGGUGCAGGAGAUUGUAUCUGGAAUUUGGAAUUACACUCUGAUGAUGAAUUCAUACACCGACGGCGAAUUCCGGACCUCAGUCGGGCCAGACACUGAGCUGGUGCUGGGCCAGGAGGUCUGGGUGACGCUGAUGACUGUGGGGCUGAAUGACACUAUGGUCUCCAUAAUGACCAACUCCUGCUGGGCGACCAACCAGCCAUCACCAAAUGAGAGUCUGCGACACGACCUUGUCAUCAACGGAUGCCCGAACCCUGCUGACCAGACGGUGAGCAUGCAGGGAAAUGGACUGGGAACAUUCAACGUCUUCUCUUUCAACAUGUUCCAGUUCUCUGGGAAAGCUGGCGACAUCUACCUGCACUGCCAACUGGAGCUGUGCCCCAGCACCUGCCCUCCGAGCUGCAGCGGAGGUGGCAGGAGGCGCAGAUCUCGAAGGUCUAAAAGAGCAGAUGAAAACCCAGCCCUCAUCACUAUGGCCUGGAAUAAUUAAAGACUGCUCCCCUUUUUGAUCGAUUACAUGAUGGUUCCUGACUUAAGCUUCGUCCCCAUAAAGAGCCUGAGAUGUCACUGAGCAUCUGAAAGUGGAUCAUUGAUCUUAGCGCUGUGCUUGUGCUAUGUUUAUGUGGGGACACUCAGACCCCAUAUAGACUGGGGAAUGUUCCUUUGUUUCAUAACUACAUUUUCCAUUGGCUCAAAGUGACUCAUGUUAACUGACUCCUGACUUAUGGUAUGACUGUUAUAAAAUGAUGAAAAAAAUAAAGUUUCAGUCCUUCA